UUUAAAACUGUAACAAUAUUUAGAAACUAGUCGGUGGCACGUGGAAAAUCCACGGGUUCGCUUGUUCUUUUUAUACCACAUUACGUGCGUCUCGCUACUUUCGGUACCAUUUUGCGUGGCAGGCGGACAGGCGUAUACAGGUAUUAUAAUAAAAAUUAAUUUAUUCAAACUUUUAUUUUUCCUACCUCCCAGUAAGGCUAAUUUUAAAGCACCCCAAAAAGGGUUACUUACAAAUUAUUUUAAUAUUUCCGCAAAAAUUCUAUUUGUUGUUUUCGAUUUUCAGUAUAAUCAACUUUUUUUUAUUUCCCUAUCGAAAACACAGUUGCAUUUUUUACGCUCCAUACACGAUUGAAAAAACUAUUUCUGUUUUAUCAUGCUGCGAAUACACAACAGUUGAUCCAUGUAAGAGAUUAAUCAACAAAAAUGGCGCACAUACAGUACAUGUUUUAAACGCUGAUAAUUCAACAACUUUUAUUUUUAAAUUCUUAAACCGAAAUAAAAAUUUAAAUUGAAUUAAAAAUUGAAAUAACAAACCAAAAAGAUUAAUUGUUAAAACCACACCCGGCAAAAAUAAAACACAAGUGCAAAAAUAAGUGUGGAAAAUAAAUAUAUCUAAAGAAUCCAGAAAAUAAUUCUCAAUUGAUUUUUUAGCAAGUUGAUCGCAAAUGUGUAAAUACUCUUCUCGUCUGAUUGGUGUGUAUUUUAUAUACUGUGAGAAACAAAAGAAAUUGAGCCGGUAGACACACUACAUGAAUAUGAUGGAAGACAUUGUUUUGCUUCACAUUUUUUUACUAUUUAUAUUAAUGAAUGCAACUGACGCAGAUAUAUUUCAAGAUUUUGCUCAAUCGUUAACUGAUAGCAAGCCAAAAGUCGAUCAAGGCUCAAUAGACGAGGAUAUCAAUGGAGCAGGUAUAUGUGGACUCAUGGCCGGCUGCAAAAUUUUAGGAGGCAAGACUGCAUGUUACGGUCCAAGUGGCACAAAUGUGUGCGCAAAAUGUCAACAAAUCGCUCCUGUCUCAAAACGAAAUAUAAUGAGAGCUGAUUUCUACAAUUUCGAUCUUGACGGACUCAAAAACUGUGGCAAAGAAUGUCCGGACAUUUUAUUUCUGGAUGAAAUGGUCAAGUAUAUGUAUUUAACAGGAGAGGCUGUGGCGAGGUUGCCACAAGGUGCGGUAUAUCAAUCACAGUACAAUAAAUCAUACGAAGUUCCCGACAUGCUUUAUCGCGAAUACUAUGUAUGCCAGUUCUGCGAUGAAAAGUGUUACAUGCUACUACGAACAGCGUGUCUGCGCGUGACCCUGUUACCACACGUGCGUCAAUGGUGUCUUCUUUCGCUUGGGUGGAUAAAAGACGACAUCAAAAAUUUGAAAGGGCCGGCGUCGUACAUUUUGUUCCUUGCAGCUAAAGUUAACGAUUACGAAGGCCAUUUGAAGCCAGUAGAUAAAAGAAUACAAUGCGUGAAAAGAGACGCUGAUGAUAGAAAUAACUAUGUUCAUGUGGACUGUCAGUGGCCUGAAUAUAAUUCUUUGGCUGAGAAUGAAGAACGAGCGAGUCUUGUCGCUGCAGCAGCUUCUUCUGUUCUUCUGGCAGGAAACUGGUUCAAUCAUGGUGGUUGGCGGAUUGCAGAGCCUUUUGAAGAGUUUGGGUUUGCCAUACAGCAUUCCCUUUGGCUAGCCAUUUUCGCCGGUAGGUUACGUAUCACUUUAAACCCGUUAAGAAGAGAAUUUCAAGAAGGCAAAUACGUAAUUGCAGGCACUCAGACGCUGUGUAGUGAAAAAGAUGUAAAAAUAGCUGAUAACUACGAAGGGUCAACUGGGACUGUGUAUGCGACCCUAUGCACGUUAUUUAAACAAAAGAAUAUCAACAAGAACUAUCGUUUCCAUCACCCAAAGAUGCGAUACCGGCCUGAAAUACAUGCUCCACAUGCACUAGGGUGUGUUGAGAGAACAGCCGGUAUGAUUUUUAUCCGACCUGGAGAUUGGAUUGCUUCCGAUUACCAGCAGUCAAUUUUAGGAACGUCAACUUUUCCUCUUGGUGCUCUAUUCUACGAUAAAAAGAAUUUGACAACAAUUGAGUUGGGUAGGUCUCGAACCGUGUUGUACCCACCCUCCAUAGCCGUGAGCCUCAAGAAUCAGGAUACAACCAUGUGCGAAAAAGCCGAAGGUAAUGGACCAAAUUUGAAUGGAAAGUUUGCUGAUGCUGGCUUGGCUAGCAUUGGUGGGAUAUGUAACUGGGUUCCUGUUUGGUAAAGCCAAAUAUUUUAACGUAAUGUUUUUAUUUUGCAUAUGAUGUAAAAUACGUUUUAAAAGCACGAUGAAAUAAUUAUAUACA